AACCAAUCAAAAGGAAACUCGAAGCGUAUCGGCUUCAUCGCCAAUCGAUGAUGCGACGAUGCUGAUCUGAUCAUCUGAACCCAACAAAAUUUCUCCUUCAAAACCUGCAAGCUCACCUUCUUCUCCCCCAGCUCUCUCCUCCGAUCAUUUGCCCAACCACCACCCAGCCCGCCAGCCGUGCGAGCGCAGCUUUCCUAUUUAAGCCGCGCCUCGCUGGCUCGCUGCCGCUGCCCCUGCCUCUUCCCCGAAUGCUGGUCUCUCGUCGCCCCGUCCCCUGGAAUCUCUCCCUUUCUACCUUGGUCCGGGACCGCGGCUCCUGAAAUCUCUCUCUGUCCCUAGAAAUUUCUGCGCGCGUCUUCCGUUCUUCUCCCCGGUUUGGUUGGUUCCCGAGCCUGUGACCUCGGGGGCGGCCGAAAGGUUGGAUUUUGUAGAGCAGGCUUUACUUGCAUCUGGGCAAAGAUUGGAUUUUUUUUGUGGAGCGAUUUUGGGGUCGUUGUUUUUUGGUGCUUGUUUGCUGAAGUUUGGAUUUUGGGAGGAGUUUGGGGGGGGGGGGGGGGGGUUCGGUCAGAUUUGGUGGGAGCGGAGGGCAUGACGAUCGAUUUGUCCAUGCCCGGGAGCUCCGGGCUCCUGGACGACGUAGGGGGGAAGAAGCACAUGAAUUUCUUCAGCAACCGCUACGUGCUCGCGCUCACGGGCGCCGCAGGAAUCGGCGGGUUCCUCUUUGGCUACGACACAGGUGUCAUAUCUGGAGCCCUUUUGUAUAUUCGGGAUGACUUUCCAGCAGUCAGAGACAAUUAUUUCUUACAGGAGACAAUCGUUAGCAUGGCAUUGGUAGGAGCCAUCAUUGGAGCAGCUGGCGGCGGCUGGAUCAAUGAUACAUACGGCCGUAGGAAGUCUACUCUUGUGGCUGACAUGCUGUUUGCACUUGGCUCACUUGUUAUGUGUGCUGCUGGUGGUCCUUACAUUCUGAUUCUUGGAAGGCUUCUUGUUGGCUUGGGUGUGGGUAUAGCAUCAGUCACAGCGCCAGUUUACAUUGCUGAAGCUGCUCCUUCGGAAAUUAGGGGAGGUUUGGUGUCAACUAAUGUACUCAUGAUUACUGGUGGUCAAUUCUUCUCCUACCUCAUCAAUCUUGGCUUUACUGAGGUUCCUGGAACAUGGCGCUGGAUGCUCGGAGUUGCUGCUGUGCCUGCAAUUCUACAGUUUGUUCUGAUGCUUUUUUUGCCAGAAUCUCCCCGUUGGCUUUUCUGGAAGGAUGAGAAAGCAAAAGCUAUUUCUGUCCUAGAGAAGAUUUAUGACUCUGACCGUCUAGAGGAAGAGGUAGAGCUUCUUGCUUCUUCUUCAAUGCAUGAAUUUCAGUCUGAUGGUACUGGGAGCUAUUUGGACAUUUUCAAGUCAAAGGAACUAAGGCUAGCAUUUUUUGCUGGAGCUGGUCUUCAGGCGUUCCAGCAAUUUACUGGCAUCAACACUGUCAUGUACUACAGCCCAACAAUUGUCCAGAUGGCUGGGUUUACCUCCAACAAGUUGGCAUUGCUCCUUUCCCUCAUAGUCGCUGGUAUGAAUGCCGCUGGGACCAUUGUUGGAAUCUACCUGAUUGACCGCUGUGGCCGGCGUCGCCUGGCCCUUACAAGCUUGGCUGGUGUGGUGGUCUCCCUCGCCAUCCUAGCAAUGGCCUUCAUACUGCAGUCAUCAUCAGAUAUCUGUUCGAAUGCACUCAAUGGUGCCUGCCAAGGUGCACUGGGAUGGUUCGCGGUGGCGGGACUCGCUCUAUACAUCGCCUUCUUCUCCCCAGGCAUGGGGCCAGUUCCAUGGGCAGUGAACUCCGAGAUCUACCCCGAGGCAUACCGUGGAAUGUGUGGUGGCAUGUCAGCCACUGUCAACUGGGUAUCUAACCUGAUUGUGGCACAAACAUUCCUCUCGAUCGUCGGGUUGGUUGGGACCGGCCUGACCUUCCUGAUCAUCGCCGGAAUAGCGGUGCUGGCCUUCAUCUUCGUGGCUCUCUACGUGCCGGAGACUAAAGGCCUCAGCUUUGAGCAGGUUGAGCUCCUGUGGAAGGAGAGAGCAUGGGGAAACCAGGGCAAUCGCCAGAGCCUUUUGGGCGCUGCACCGUAGUGAGCCAGCUCUCAUCCUGCUUGCCCUUGCUGGCAAGGGUCGGUGGCUGGCUCCCUUUUUAAGAUGGCCGUGCCACCCUCAGUUUCUAUCGGCUCUCUCUAGCUGGGAAGUUUUAGGAAGAUCUGGAUGCAGACCAAAUUUUAUUACGUGGUAGCGACUAGAUCAUUGUUCUGUCACCUGGCAUGUAUUGUCAAUUUCUCAUGGUGGAAACUGGGAUAAUUUCAGCAUUGGGUGGGUGAAGAAUCAGGUUGUGUUGGUGUCGAAUCUUGUAUACAUGGGAAGGACUGUACGAGCUAUACUGGUUGUGCAUUGCCGUCACAAGUGUAUAGUUCCGGUGCUAGAUGUGCCGGGGAGACGGUUAAAAACCUGUUAUGGACAGAAACAGGAAUGAAAAUUAUCGCUUUAAUAUUCUUGCUCGUUAUUCCUCCACCAGGUGUAUCUGACUUGGCAAACCUUGAGAGUUAUAUGCAGAUGAUGUAUUUUGUAACUAA